AUCAGUUGACUGAUAACAGCGGCAGGAUUCAAACAGGUUGUCGCAAAAAUGUUACUUGUCUGAGGAAAAAUUGCGUUUGUUUGGCUAUUAAUAAUUAACUAUAGAAUGAAGUAAAAACAAAACGGCAAAAAGCGCGGCAAAGUUUUACUUCCGUAAAUUUGUAGUGAAAUAUAAAGUGAAGAAAAAAUGUUAUACAAGUAUAAAACCUUGACAAUUAUGAGCGUUUUUUAAAGAAUUGUGUAUGAUUAAAAAUAGCAGCUAAAAGCUUUUAUGUGUUAUAAAUUAUUGAAGGAUGAAUAUCAUCCUCGACAACAGCACAGGGGCAUAUACAAUAGAUGUCUGCAGUAUUGAUUGGUCUCAGGUGUUUGAAGUGGACACAGCAGCUAACAACAUGUACACACAUACAGUUACUAGCGCGUAACGGAUAAGUGCAAGAAGAAAGGACAUCUUGAGCAACACUAACAAGGAGAUUAUAUUUCCAGUAUGUAUAUACAUAUGUGUGCAAUGGUCUUAAUAUAAAACUAGUAGAUAGUGAAGAGACUCUGCAAAUAGUUAGUUACUAUAUAUUGCUUUAUUGUAAAUAAAAAAGUAUCUGUGACGUGAGACAAAGGAUUCAGUUAUUCAGCAAGAAUAAUACAAGGAAUGGCAAUGGCAAAUAUUGAUUAUGAUUUUUUGAUGAAAUUUCUUGCACUCGGCGAUUCUGGAGUAGGCAAAACAAGUUUUUUAUAUCAGUAUACUGAUGGUCAAUUUCAUUCACAAUUUAUAUCAACGGUGGGCAUUGAUUUCCGGGAGAAACGAUUGAUAUAUACAUAUCGUGGACGAAACCAUCGUAUCCAUCUUCAACUCUGGGAUACUGCCGGUCAGGAACGCUUUCGUUCGUUGACCACUGCCUUCUAUCGUGAUGCAAUGGGUUUCCUGCUCAUCUUCGAUUUGACCAACGAGAAAUCUUUCCUUGAAAUCAGCAAUUGGUUAGAGCAAUUACGUAUGCAUGCCUAUUCAGAGGAUCCGGAUGUGGUUUUAUGCGGUAAUAAAUGUGAUUUAGAAGCCGUGCGCGCUGUUAGUCAUGAGCAAGUGCGUGCACUUUCAGCUCGUUAUGGCCUGCCCUACAUCGAGACAAGCGCAUGCAGUGGCUUUAAUAUAAGACAAGCUGUGGAAUUGUUGGUGGAACGUGUCAUGUUGCGUAUGGAGAAUGUAGCUACCAAUUCCGAAUUGUCACGAUUAAUGACACAGACGCGUUGCAUGCCAAAUAUAAAUCUCCCGAGUAGUGGUGGGAAUACAGUACGUUUGGGUUAUGGGGAUAUGGAGUUAACGGAGGAGCAACAACGUAGUCGAAAUUGUAAGUGUUAGACGAUGAAAUGAAAUUAUAUAGGUCAUUCUAUUUUAACUCAAAGCUGUUUUGUACAAUAAUUUUAAUAAAUGUGUAUUUAAAUGUGUGAAUUUGUGAAAUUAAUAAACUAAAUAAAAAGAGGUGCCAAUGUUGUUAAAAAUUAAUAUAUUAUAUUAUAUACAAAUUAACUGCUCAAUUAAUGUAAUGUUCGCUCAAAUGUAUAGUAUACUAUUAAAUGUAAACAAAAUUGUUUGUAAAGAUUUAAAAAUAUAUAUAUUUACAUACAUAUACAUAUAUAUAAAUAAUUACUAUGAAAAUAUAAAAUCCUACUUAUGUAUAUACAUAAAUAAAG